AUGCCUGACGGGAACGAGGCCCUCCGGCCCAAGCUCGGCCGCAGCGCCGGCUCGACGGCCCUCGGCGCCCGCGCCGUAGCGACUGUCUGCCUGUUCCGCGUUCGCCCCCCCCGCCCCCCCUCCGCGUCGUGCGCCCCCGCGCCAAUCCGUCGCUGGGCCCCACGGCCCUCGCCGCGCAUUCCCUUACCGGGGCGGCCCCAGCCGAGCUUCCCUGCCCCACCGGCGCGGCCGCCUCAAGACGCAGGUACCCCAGCCAGCGCCCCCGCCCAUGUCCCCCGCCGGCAGCGCGCGCGCGCGGACCCCGUACGGACGCCCGCCGUACGGCCCGCGCGUACGCCUGCCUUCGGCCGCCCAGCCGCCGCACCGCUUCCGUACCCUCGCCACCUCGGCAGCGCCGCGCCCCUCGCGAUCAUGGCGCCCGACCCGCCGGGUACGUCGCCCGCGCGCGGCUCGGCGCCGUCGCCUGGUCCCGCCCGGACCGAUGCCUCCCCCCACCCUCCACCUUCGCGUGUGCCCAGGGAGCGACGUCCGCCCCGUGCGGAACUCGGUCCCCGCUCCCCCCGCGCGCCCCCUCCUCCGCCGUACCCUGCUGCACGUCGCGCGGCCUAA